UUCUGUCGCUUGAUCUAUUCCUCAAUUAGAGUGAGAACAAUCAGUCGCUUGCAUGCACUUGUCGCGCUAAAAAUGGCUUCGCUUUCAAAUGAAGGAAUUGAAAACAUACUGCAAAAUCUUGUUGAUGAUGAUUUUCACGGUGAGUCCUGUUCUGAAGAUGGCGAGAUAUCCGAAGUAGGGGAUAAUUUAUCCAUACAUACAGGAGAAGAAGACGAAAUUGGUGUUGAUGACAUAAGUGACGACGGUAAUGAUCCAGUAAAUUCAACGAAAGCGUUAUUAAAAGGUAAGAAUGGACAUAUUUGGUCAACUGUUGCACGAACUUCGAGUAAGACACCACGCAGAAACAAAAUCUGUGUAUCUAUUCAACGACUGGCGAGGGGUGCUGCUCAAAACAUUGUAACUGAAAAGGAUGCAUUUACAACUUUACUUACCGAGGAAAUAAUUGACUUAAUUGUGUUAUACACUAAUCAAGAAAUUGACCGACGUGCUCCAAAAUAUGAAAAUCAGCGAUAUGUUCAUAAAACUGAUAGUACAGAAUUCAAAGCGUUGAUAGGCCUUUUGCUCUUUUCUGCUAUAAAUAAAGACAAUCGUAAAAGUGCAAACGAUAUGUGGUCAGCAUUUAGUGCUGCUGUUUACAAAUCAAUUAUGAGUGCAGCAGAUUAUGUGAAGAAGCUAGUCCAAACUAUUAAAAGUUCCUGCCGCAAUGUUACCUAUGAUAAUUGCGCCGAGGAUCUAGGAAUAAAGGACGAUUUUAGAUUUUACCAAGACAACGAUCCCAAACAUACUUCGGGAAUCGUUCAAACUUGGCUAAUUUACAAUUGCCCUCAUGUGAUGAAACCACCGGCGCAAUCACCCGACCUGAACGUGAUUGAAAAUCUGUGGUCAAUUUUGGAUACCAAUAUUCGCAAACGACAGAUCUCCAAUAAAAACGAUCUUAAAGUUGCGUUAAUGGAGGAGUGGGCUAAAAUACCUCCAGAAACAACCAAAAAGUUGGUGGAAUCUAUGCCAAAGCGCCUAAAAAUGGUCAUAGACGAAAAGGGAGGCCAUACAAAAUAUUAA